CACAACAACUGUCACUGGGUCGAUAAAUAAGAAGUCGUGUGCACAAACCCCUUUGUAAUCAUCUCCUAGGUGCCUGCGAGCUGCGUGACACAAUCAGUCUGCACCCGGUCCUGUUGUCUCGAGGACGCUAUAAAAACGCCGCACAUUCUCACAUUUCCACAACACGGACUCGUCUGAGACUAUCUACACAGCAUCUCCACGCGAAGACACGACACCGACUGAAACAUGGACCCUUGCGAUUGCUCCAAGAGUGGCACCUGCAACUGUGGAGGAUCCUGCACUUGCAAAAACUGCUCCUGCACCACCUGCAAGAAGAGCUGCUGCCCAUGCUGCCCAUCCAGCUGCAACAAAUGCGCCUCUGGCUGCGUGUGCGAAGGGAAGACGUGUGACACCAGCUGCUGCCAGUGAGGAGCCUGUAACAUCAGCUCUC